UUUUUUUAAAUCAAUAUCAGUUGUUUUUCUCAUCAAUACAACACAUUGACUGUGAGCUUUGAUACUCGAGGUCCCAGAGGGUCAAAAUUUGUCAACGGUGCACACACAGUUUUUUCAAGUAAAUGUGAGUACAAAAGAAACCACUAGUUAUUAUUUUCAUGUGUACAAAUAAAAUUUGAACCUUUCAACCAUCAACAUGUUAUUUGGGCAAAAAGUGUUUUCACAAUGUAAAUAUUUAUAAAAAGAAGCUCAUCUUACUUCAGUAACAUCCUCUGAAUAACAGAGGCUCCAUAUUCCGAUUUGAUUGCGAGGAUAUCUGUAGGUUAAAAAACAUUUAAUUAAUUUGUAGACACUAGAAAAGUUCCAUAACUAAAAUAUUUUUUUCAUGCUUUGUAGACUUAAAUAGAUCACCCUCUGGGCUGGGAUGUGGUAUGGCACUCAUGAUCUUCUCUAUUUGGUUGAUGGUGGACGUCCCAGGGAACAGGGCUUUUCCCAGCAGCAUCUCUCCCAGGAUACAGCCAAGGCUCCACAUGUCCACACCUUUAGUGUACCUUUAGACGAGGUAAGUUCCUUUUACAGUCUGCUACUGUGAGUAAAAAGAAAUGAUUCCUAUCUAAACUACCCCUCUGACACUGACAGCAGAUGCAUGUCACUGCUUUUACCUUGCAGACCCCAGCAGGAUCUCAGGAGCUCUGUACCACCGUGUCGCCACAUAUUCUGUCAGCGCUGGAUUCCCGCUGUCCUCCAGGAUCUGGUUGAGCGAUCUGGCCAAACCGAAAUCACACAGCUUGACUAUACAGUCAGUGUCGAGCAGUACAUUGGAAGGCUGUGGGAAACAGGUACAAGAAAACAUUCAUCACAAGAACAGUGGUGAACAGAUUUUCAGCAGGACAAAAGUGUGAUAGGUAAAAUUCUCCCUCUGAUGUACCUUUUGGUCCCUGUGGAUGACGUUUCCUGAAUGCAGGUAUUUAAUGGCUUUGAGGAGCUGAUACAUGACGUAACGUUUGUGGAUGUCCUUCAGUAGGCUGCCUUUCUUGAUCACUGCAUGCAGGUCAGUAUCUGGUACAAAACAGAGAGCAAACAAUUACAGUCACAGUAAAAUCCAUCUUUAUCUAUGACUUUGCCACUUGAAAGUUUAAAACAUGCAGCUUUGUAAUCAUAAACAAGAUUGUUUCAACUUUUUCGAAUAUGACAACAAAGAAACACUGAGGUCUACACAAGGAUGCUGCUGUAAAGUCAUGGUUUAGACUGCUGAUGAGAGGCCAAUCUGUAGACUCAGCACUAAGACUGUGCAGUCAGGCGAGAGGCAGACACGCACUCACAUAUACAGAGGCCUUUCAGUGCCAAGCAAACCAACAAAAAAGCAACUCCAGCUUUUCUUCUUUCCUUACUUUAUGAGUUGAAAUCGAUUUUUGUAGCAGGGAUGUUUGUGACUAUGAGAUAAUUCCAGCACUCACCCAUAUAUUCAAAGACGAGGUAAAUGUCUUUAUCAUUUUGCGCCCUGACGACAUCCAGAAGUUUGACAAUGUUGGGGUGAUCUCCAAACUCCUGCAAAACAGAGAACAGGAACUUGAAACCACAAAAAUGACACACAUAAAAUCUCAGAAAUCCGCCUCUGACCAUUAUUUGACCUCCAGUAACAGGCAGGUGUUUCGUAGAUAAGGGGGAAAAUUUCAACACAGGUUGCGUAACGCUGCCUUUAAACCCGAUGAUCUGUGGAGUUUCACUGGGGGGAUGAGAGCGGCUGAUUAGGACAACUGAAGGACACGACGAUGUAGGUCAGCAGAUGGAGAGUGAAUCAGGAAUAAUUGGCACGAUGGAUGAGGCACAGUGACUCAGUUUGUUGCUUUUGAUAGAAGUCUGCAAACCAAAUGAUCUCAAAGAUUCAAUUUUUAAAAAUGUAAGAAAAUAUCUCCAUCGUCAUCUUUUACCAUAAUAGACAUUAUUUCUAAUUAUUUACCCUGAUUGUAGUGGUCCACUUAAGGCUUUGGAAUAUCUAUUUCUGAUUGAUUUGUCCGGUGAACUAAACUGUAAAAUUAUCUCUGGAAACUUUAACUCUAGAAAGUCCAAUAAAGUUAAAGUGCUUCUACUUCAGUUGUAUGAGUGCAUCAGUCAUUAAAAUAAAUAUACCUUAAAAUUACCUUAAAAAAGUAAUAACAGGAAUUUCUCCUGUUGUUUUGUGAGCAUGUUUCUAUGUGUCUCAGUGUUAUCUAAUAUGUUGUGUAUUUAUUGUAUUCAAAUAGAUAUUAAAUCAAGGUUUAAUAUAGUGGAAACACAUACAAACAGUGAGGCUGCAGCUGUGAGCUUUUAAGUCAUGACUUAAUGUAGAGAAUUUAUAACAUCCUUUACCUGGAGGAACAUAAUUUCCCUGAAUGUCCGCUGCAAAAGAAGAGAUAAUAACAGUUAAGAUAUGAAUCUACAAGCAACAUGCAGCCACAAAAUGUCCACCCAAAUGCUCAUUUUAUCAUGUAUGGACGUUUUAAUUCUGAAAACUAUUACAGUAAUCCAUUUUCAGAUAUAUGGAACUGUUUGCAGGUCAAAAUUGACAUUACUUCAUUUUGAAUGUGAUUUAUGCCAAAAAAGUUUGACCCAAAAAGUUGAUAAAAACAGAUUUGCAGAUUUCAGCAAGAAAAUAUCAAACUGUAUUCAGUGCAUAUCACAUCAGCAUGUCUGCGUACAGUAGAAAUGUCAGGGUGCUGAUCUGACCUGCCUCUGUCUAUUGUAAACAUUCGGCACAUCAUGAAGUAAAUAUAUGACAAAGGGAGACCCCAUACUUUUGAGCCGUUAAAUCCUACAACAGGCAAGAAUAAAAUAAUUUCACUUUCAAAACUAUAAACUGAUUUCCACAGUGUGUUUAAAAAAAGAGGUGAUGCAACACGACGGUAAACAUGCCCCUGUCCCAACUGUUAUAUAACCUGUCACAGGCAUCGAAUUCAUAAUGAGCAAAUAUUUUAAUAAAAAAAUCAACAACCAUUCGUUUCAACAUUUGAUAAGCUAUCUAUUCUCAAAUAUAGGUCUAAAUUAUUUGCAAACCGGCAAUGUCUGUCAUGUUUUUCAACACUGUACAUAGAGUUCAAUCUUUUAUAAUUGGGGUUGUAGAUGUGACAAUAAGAACUGAAGUAAACAAUCAGUCAAAGCAUGUUCAUACCUGAGCAUCUGUCCUAUUCCUGAAGGCAUCAAAGAUCUUUUUCACAGCCACAACCUCGCCGGUCUGUCGGUCAACUGCUUUCCAGACAAUGCCAUAAGCCUGAGAUGGACACAAAGCAGAUUAAAACAGCAGCUGGUCUCUUUUUCUGCAUGCAGGAGGCCCUUAAUAAUCUACACUUGGUCAAACAAUGACAGAACUUUGAGCCAUGUUGGUACAAUGAGGUCACAAUAUUAUUAUUAUUAUUAUUAUUAUUAUUUUUAUCAAUUCAGCUGUUCAUUUUCUUUUCUUUUUUUUUAGAAUAUGUUUGAUUUUUCAUUCAAAAUGAUUCUUUCUCCAUAAGUCUGUGGGUAUAAAAGAUGGAGCCAGGAAUGAAGAAGGUUGUAUUUGUUAUCUGUUUAUGCAAAUGAUGACUUUUCUUGGCCUAAACAAUGCAAAAUUUAACAGCUCCAAAAAUCUGUUUGCAAUGUUAGGACUCUUUCAGCGUAACUGCUUCUAUCUCUUUGGAGUUUUCUAAUACAAAACUGACACUGCCUUUGUGUCUUCAGCGUCAAACCUCUGAUGGCUUUCAGGCACUGUGGUAAAGCACAGUGAGCACUAUCAUUAUGGUGACAGACCAGAUUCAUACAACGCUGCAGACUCUCCUGCUUUUUCCACUGAGGUCAUAUUAAACUGAAGCUGCGUGGUUAAUGUUUGGAAACAAAACACGGUAUAUUCAAGGCUGUUUAAGAUCCAGCUGACCCUUUUCUUUGGCCCUGACAGCACCACUCCACACGACCACGGCAGUCACCUGUAAACAGGUUCAACAGCUGUGUAACCUGAGUCCCUGCCAGCCUCAGAUAUUAUGUCUAGUUAGCCAAUAUGAUGUGUCUACGUGGCAGUUACCACCUGGCCAUCUCGAGCAAAGCUGCAAUUUGCGAGUCUCUGUGGACCAUCUAUGGAAAGGGAGCAGGCAGUUUUUAACCAGGUGGAAACCAGUGGAGAGAAAAACAAAGAGGUCUGGACUCUAGAGGGAAACAAGUGUCCUCACACGUCAGCUGAUCUGCAAACUGGUCUGGCCAAAGUAAAUAAACCUCUUGCUUACAACACUGGAAUUCACUGAGAACCUUAAGUCUGAGUUAUUUUAGGCAUUUCUCUCCAGGGCUGAAGUUCAAAUGGGGGUGUGGUAAACAUUAAUGUAGUCUGUGUGUUUAGAGUUGGUCGAUGUAAUGAGGGGUGCAAGCUGCAGCCUGUAAAGAGCAUUAGUUACAAAACCUUUGCAAACGUGGGUCAUACAGAGUUCAGCAAUGAUAUAAAAGGGCGAGCCAACUUUUAUAUCAGGUAAUCCACAACUAAAACAGACCAAAAAAUACACUUACCCCUUUCCCAAGUCUCUUCUUGAUUUCAUACUUGAGAGAAAUAUGCUCCUCCACCUCUGAAACGGUUGAUGAUUCAUACUUUUUGCUCAUUUUUCCAUCAACUGUUGGUUUCAGUCCUCAAGCAGAAAUAAUCACCAUAUUCUUAAAUCUCUCAAAUAUCCAGAGACAGGGCUUCUGUGAUGAGAAAGGAGGAACAGUGCCCAGUUGGCUGUUAGUUUGCACACACAGAGACACACCAAUAUGAAAAUGAACGGAGGUGAGGCUGGCAGCCCAUAUGCGACCCUGUGUCUCCUACUGCAGACAGGAGUAGCCGCGUUGCUCGCUAUUUAAUAACUAACGGUCGACAUGCAGACUUUUAACGCCCAGGACACGCUUUUAAAUUCACCUGCUCUCGGGAUAGUAUCUUAUUAUCUCUGACGGUGGUAGUCUGUCCUUUCUCCUUCACUUUGCCGGGUCACUUCCUCCCACUCCGCUGCUAACAGACCAACAACCCAACACUUUUGUCAUUACCUGUCGUCUUGGUAACAAGUACUCUGCCGCCUGCUUCUUAAAGGGCCCGCAGCACUAAUAACUCACAAACUGCACUUGGAGGCAGUAUCAAAGUGCAUAUACAGACCCUUGCCAAAAAGUAAGAAUAUGAAAAAGUUUAUUUCUUUCCAUAAUUCCAUUCAAAAAGUUAAACGUUCCUAGAUUACAGAUUCAGGGCCAUAGACUGGAUAUACUAUGGACAACUUGGUUCCGCCCUCCGCCAGUGUACGGAUUUGAAGCUAAAAAGCUCUCUGUAUUUUCGCGAUUUUUCUUCAUUUCCUGAAAGCAGCAUUGCACGGUAGUGUUGUGUGCAUUUGGCGGGAGAGUCGCCUAGAGUCACUGUGAUGACAGCGUAUCCCUUGGGUGAGCUACACAAUCCUUGAACGCCCAUAGGCUGUAUCAAGUGUCAAUCAUAGAAAACAUGAACCCCCUAAUAACUUUUAAAAACUGAGCUGCACAGAAAAAAGAGGACUUUAACAUUAAUCAGUCUUACAAUAACUACAUGUCAGCAUGAGGAGGCGGGAUUUAUGAACUAUACUGCAGUCCGUCACCAGAGGGUGCUGUUCUCGGAGUGGCUUCACCCAUUGAGGAGGUAGACGCUGUCCAUUCUACAUACAGUCUAUGGUCAAAUACCUGUUUUACCUUCAUGCCCCACAACAAUUUCGAGUCUCAACACCAUAAAAGAGUCUCAAAUACAUAAAAACACAUGCUUAGAAAAGUAAAAAUAUCUUAAAUAAUUUUUUAAAGAUUUUUGCCCUUUAGGUUUUCUUUCAGAAUUGAUUGGUAUUUAAACAUCAAAGUGUCUGUUUACUCCAUAGAAAAAGUUACAAUGAGAUAAAUGUUUAAAAAAAGCCAAAGAGCAAUGUAUUUUUGGAUAUUAAUAAGGACUUUUCACCCUUACUCUAACCCUCUUCUCUCCAUUCUUACUGUUUAAGAACCAAUGUGAAGAUAUCUAAAACAAUCUCAAACUCCCAGUAACAAUGUCUAAAUAGUUUGGGGAGAGAACAAAGAAGCUUGAUAAAAGCAAGACUCUAAAUCUCGCCGUAAGAUUUUGAAGUGUUUAGAUUGAAAAACUUUCAUUUUCUUCCAAGUUUUCACACCAUUGCAUGUUUCCAAUAGUAUACAGCAGCCAGUGAAGAACAAAUGGUAUUGUGAAACAGAGAAGGAUGUGUUUGACUGAUUUGUUUAUCAGAAAAUACAGAUUGCAAGUACAAAAAUAUUUAUAUUAUCAAAAAAUAAAAACCCAAAACACAUUCACCACACGACCUACAUGAGUUGCACUGUUAUAGCAUGAAAAUGCAAGAGAAAAAGGUCAGUUGCUAUCUUAUAAACACAGUCACGGACACAUUGAGUUGGAGGUAGAUUUUUCAACUUUAUUUCUAAAAGGUGUUACAUGCUCUUAUUUAAAAAUCAAAACUAAUAUUUACAUUGAUAAACCUUGGUAAAUAUGUUUUCCCUGAUGUUGUUUGAGGGUCACAAACAUAUUUAGCAAGCAAAUAUAUGAUGAGGGUGUGUCCACCUUACUUCAGCCUACUGGAUGUGCCACCCUUACUUCUUAACCAAACAUGGAUUAUGCAAGUUAACAGAAGAUAGUUAAGGAGAUGAGCAUAAAUAAUUCCUUCCAUCAAAUGUUCAGUAAUUAUUUUACAGUACAGGCUAACAUUUUUUUUGGUGAAACUACAUUUUGGCUGCUCUAUUUUUCCAUUAUUAACAGCUUGUUUUGCUCCAUUAUCAAAAACUAACCCUCACCCUUAAAAUAUCUUGUUGAAAAAUGCUUGUGUGGGACAAAAACUUCUGAUCUGACCCUGUGGUGCAGGUAGUUGAUUAAACGUGGGUACCAAAAUGAAAAAAAAUGUAGAAUUUUUCAGGAAAACAAAGGCAUUGGCUUUUAAAACCUUUUCUUCAUUGGCAGAUCUUGCCUAAUCAAAGUGUAUUAUUCUUCUCUUCUGGUGCUUUGCAAAACUUAAGUAUAAAAUUAGACUUUUUAGAUAUUUCAGUACAAAGUUUGGAGAAAACAGUUUUGUAUGGGGUAGAAUAUACAGUCAGCGUUAUUAGAUUAAUCACACAGUUUUGGCAACAAGAGAGCCGAAAUGACACUCACAGCACAGAGAAAGGGGGCCUGGUGAACAAGCCUGCAGAGAGCAUGAUGUACCAGACACGGAAGAGGAAUACAAGGGGACAUUUGAAUAGUAUAACAUAAAUAAGACUUAGAAAAAAAAGAAGGAAGAAUUUCAGGGAUAUGAGGCAGAAAAACUUUCUCCCAAUGACCAUAAGGAGAAAGUAGAGUGUUUCUUUUUUGAACUUCAGAGAUGUUAGAGUCAGACUUUCACACAUGUUGCAGCAAUGAUUGAUUGGUGCUUUAAGAGGAGUGUAGGAAGCGGUUGAAGGCGUUGUAGGCCGACUCCAGAUCAAACAGCAUCUGACGAACUUGAUUAUCAUCUAACUCGUCUGAGGCGGACAUGCUGCUGAGGGUGGUCAACCUGAAGAGUAACAAAGACGACAGUUUUAAUAGCACUGACGUGACAAACAACAAGAAGUUCAGCAAGAUUGAGAAUUACUGUGCAAAAAUUUUACAUCUUUAAUACCAAGUUAUAGUUUUUUAAGACUGUUGGUGGAUAUAAAUGAAGCAGGCUUAAGCUUUCAUGAAAAACAUGCAUCUGAAACUUGUUGUUGGACCUCAAUAUCACACUCUACUAUCUAGAAACAGACACGUACACUGAGAUUUGUUUCAAAACACAACUCAGUAAUCCAUGGUUUGUCCUGCAUGACUGGUGUGAUGCUUCAACAAAGUUAUCUGAUUUGCUUCAUGAUCUUUCUGCGGAGGAAUUCUUGAUGAUAAGGAAAAAUAAAAUUUAUUACUUACAGCCCCCGUUUAUAAAGCAUUUGACCAGCAAUAAUGCAAAAUAAAGAGCAACUUACGUCUCGACCUCCCCUUAAACAAAUCUGUUUGGAUGAGGUUUUACUUAAAUUACUAAUAUGCAUGAACCCACAGUUUAAAACCCAUUUUUUUGGACUCUUCUGCUUGAGAAUGUAUGGGUGUCCCCUAAAUAUCUUCCAGUGAACUGCUACAAGAAAUAAAAAAAAUAUUAAGACAGUUAACUGGGAUGGAGGGCAAUGUCACUGACCAGAGGCUGACUUUGUCUUUGGCCUCUGAAUCUGGAGGCAUGUUGCUCAUCCUGUUCAUGGUUUCCAUCAGUUCCCUCAGGUCUGGCUGGAUCUGGUCCAAUCAAAGAAUCAGUGAGAUACUUUAAAUCUGCUGUAUAUAAAUCCAUUAAUAUGAAUAUGAACACAUUUAACAUCAGUUUUCACACUAUAUCUAAAAAAAUUACCUCAUCCAUGGCCCUGAUUUCCAGUCUCAGCUUGUCCAUUACAGUGAUGAAGAGCUAAAAGCAAGAAAUGAUGGAAGAAAAUAUGAAAUAAGAAGAUAUCGAUUUGAUUUUUUCAGGAUUUUGGUAUCAUCAGUACAACAAACUGAGAACACAGCCUGAUCCACUGUGAAGCCAUCUGACCACUGCUUUUAUUGGUGUGUCUGAUUUUAUGGGACAAGAUAGAUGCUGGCAGUGGAUCCAGCUGGCAGCACACCCUCUUUCUCUACAGUGACUGAGCAGAGGAUGCGCCAAAUUAAGUAAAACCACUUCAGCCACUCAGGCCUGAACUGAUCCCACUAAAUCAUCUUAAAAAAACAGCAAGUUUUCAUUUUGGCAGAUGUCCCAUGUAGGCCUAAAUUAGGCUUGACAGUUUAAUAUGAUGGAGAGGAUAGAGGACGUACAGAAACUAUAUCUGCAAUGCAGCGGUUCAGGUUCCCCUUGUCAUCCUUGAUGGUGAUUGGACGAUCCUCCUUAAUCCUUUCCAUGGCUAGUGGGCAAUCAAGCUAGAACAAAAAUAAACAUAACAACAGUUCUGUAUUUAAAGGGGUUGAAACAAUGAUUGAAUACAUUUUAUGGCUGAUUGCAAUCAACAAGGAAUCUUUUAACAUUUAUUAUGUCUCAACUGCAGUACAAUAUUUAAAAUGUUGUCACCAAACCAGUGAUGAAAAUGAAGCACUCAGUCAAGCACUUACCCUCUCUGAUGAUUGGUUAUGAUUUGAAAUGAUGUGGUAGAGUAUUUUUGUACCGGUCUUUGACUUUAUCAUUAUCCAAAAAGUCCAAUAUUGUACAGUAAAUUGUCCUACUUUAGAUAUGCAAAUUUGAAUAUAUUGCCUGUUUUAAUAGUAAAAGCAAGUCUUCUUGUUUACUGAGCAAAACCCCAAAUUGAAGCAAACUAUAAGAGAGAUAGUUGGACAUGUUUGUAAUAAUAUUUACAAAACAAAAUCAGACUAGUAGAUAAUGUCAUCUGUGCCCCAAACAAGCACUCACUCUGUAUUUCCUGCAGAAAUCAUCAAUGGAACCAACAUCAGAGCCCUGGACCUGUUUAAAAGCAGCCUUAUACUGAACCAAGAGUCUGGAGCAAGAAGCAGUGUACCUGAAAAUACAACAUUUGCAGGUUAUGAAAAGUGUUAAAAUACAGUCACAUGUGGCAUUCAUCAGUCUUAGAAAAAAAAGAAAAAACAUAAAUAAAGCAUGACUCACUCAUUGGGUGUGACACAGUCUUUGAUGUAAGCUUUCUCCAGGGCCUGAAGGGUCUUAACGACAGCAAACAACUCUGCCAUGUUGUCAUACCUUAAAAUAACAGAGUUGAUAACCAGGUGUUAGAACUGCAGUGAUACCAAGGGUUACUGUUUGUUCUUAACAGGAUAAAUCUGCAGGAUGAUUUAAAUCAUACUUACUUCUCUCUUUCUCUGGCGUUUUUGUAUAAUUUCACUUCCUGAUAAAAGAAAACAAAACAAUAUUUUGAUCAUGUUUUAAAUCUUAAGUAUUUUCCCUCCUGGGUGUGUUUUCUUGCACCCUUAACUCCUGUAUAGGAUGGUGAAUGUUUCAGAUUUGAUCUGCUAAAGGCAUUUAAGCAAAUAUUUGUGUUGGAAUUCAAAAUAUCCUCAAAAAAGGUAAAAAAUCCUGAGUUUAAAGGUCAUUCAAUUAGCCUUGUGUGACAAGUGAAAACACCUUAAAAAAGCCAAAAUUAAACAAAAAAUAGUUUCAAUUACCUCAUAUAACUCAGGCUUAUUUGCUGGAGCUGUGAGAAAUUUGAGAAUACAAUGCCUUGAGUUACAAAACCAGUAUGACUGCUGAAAAGAAUGAAGACUUCAUAUUUUUGUAAACACCAUACCUCCUCCCACACCUCCUGUGACUGGUAUCCCAUGAAACAUGACGGAAAUGUAUCCAAGCUUGUUCUGAAAGAGAUUUAUAGGAAACAAGAAACAUAUGGUCAUCAAGAAAUUAAUACAACUUCUUGGUUCCAUAACAUACUGGUUCCUCAACAUAGCCAAAAUUUAACAGUAUCUCUUUAAAUUUAAAUGUGUCUAUUAAACUACCUGAUUUAAAAAAAUGAUGAAUUGAAAUUGGGCAAAAGAAAAUGUCAUAACAAAGCACUUGGAUGUGUGUAUAAAGAAAAGCUAUUCCAUUCAAAAGUCAAUGAAAAUAAAGAUAACAGAAAAUGAAGUGACAUUAACAAGCACUCAUUGUAGCUAUCUUAAAUGGCCAAUUUCACCCAAGGUAAAAGAAAUUCAGUUCAAAUUAAUAAACAGUAUUUAUCCUGCUGCUAAAACUCUAAGGAAAAGGUUUUUUGUAUGACAGAACACGAAACAACUGAACACCUAUUCUUCUCUUGUUCGGUCACAAUGAUGCUUUGGAAAGAUGUUUAUCGAUGGUUAAAUAUUGAGAUUAAUGAUUCGCUGUUUAACAAUUUUCAAGUGUUGAUCUAUAAGAAUGGUCUGUUAAAAAUAUAUCCAAAUGGUAAACAUUAUUUUCAUUAUGGGAAAAUAUCAUAUACACAAGAAUAAAUGGAACAACAGCAAACCCACAAUAAACAGUUUUAAGAAUGAAAUUAAAAGCUAUAUAACAUCGCUAAAGGUGUUGUCAGAGGAAAAAUCAGUCUACGAAUGAACUGUAUCAGACAAUGUCAAAGUCUCUUGCUCUUUAAAUUUAGUCCUAUUUCUUUAACACGCUUAAAGCACUUUUUGUUGAAAUGUCACCCCCUGUUAUUAUUUUUAUUUUAUUUUAUAUAUUUUUUACCUUGUUAAUUUGUUAUGUGUUUGUGCUGUUACAAGUGCAGGCAGUUAUUUCCUCGGAUGAGUUCGUAGAAGAUUGUUAUGUAUUUAAUUUCAAAUUGAAAUGAACAAAAUAUUGUUAAUUCAAAUAACAUUUGGAAAAAAAAAUGAAAUAAAAUAAAAUUUAACAGUAACGAAAAAUGGGGACAUUUCUUUCUUUUUUUUUUACCUCAAUGAAAACAUGUGAUAAUUGUGUCAGAUUUUAGUACAUCUUCAAUAAGCAGUAGCUUAUUGUAUUGCAAAAGACAUGCUCCUGUUGAACUUCAUUUUAUAUCGUGAUAUAUAUCGAUAUCGGCUGAUAUAAAAAAAAAUAUAUCAUGAUAAUGUUUUCCCAUAUCGCCCAGCCCUAUUUACAGCAGCAGGUUGUCGACAGUAGUCGAGUGAUAUGAAAACACACAAUGCUGCAGCCUUUAAACAACUUUGUUAAACAUUUAAAAACAAACAAGGGCGAUAUACGUUUAAUCUAAAUGACAGAAAAAUCAACCAUUAGCUUUAAGUUUCUUGUUUACUCGAACCCUGAAGUUAGCCGUCGAGGCUAACUCGUUAGCACUUCCUCAAUGAUUUAUCAUAUCUGUAUGGACAGCUGGGGUUGAUGUUUACUCGCCUUUGACUGACAGUUAUAGCGGUGUCGAGUUGAACAUCAUCAAAAUAUUGAAUCUGGUUCAAUUAUCGUGUUUUGACAGAAAAACACUAUAGAGACAUUUUCCACUCACCCCUUCUAUCCGCAAACUGCUGUGACGUCAAUGUAAACACACCCACCAUCAUCGAGGACCAUCAGACGUCAGAAUAUUAGGUAUCAGGUGCGCCUUGACGAAAUUAAAUAAAGCGUCAAAUCUUAACUUAUGUGUUCACAUGAGUAAUUUAUUCUUCAAAAGUACUGUGUGUUAUAUUUUGAGGAACUGUUUGAUUAAAAGUAAGGUUAUUUAAGAUUUGCCGCUUUCGUCAUUUUUACGCAGUCGAGCGUUAACGGCAGCCAACUGACGAGGCGCGAGACUCAAACAAAUGAGUAGCGACGACGAAUUUUGUUUUAACGUCAAAUAUUCAGUAAAAUCUGAUUAGUUUAAUUAUUGCAGGAGAAAACUGAAAACAUUGCAACGUUUUUUUUACAAGGUCAGUGAAAUAUUUGUUACAAGAAAUCCCUUUGUCAUGGCAUUAUCGAAGAUGUUAGGUAAUGUUGGUGAGGAUGGCUCACUGUCCUUACAACAUUAAGUCUUAAGUCUUGAAUUUUAAUUGAAUGUUUUGCAGAUCAGUCCCUCAGGCUCCAUCAUGAAGACCUCCAAACCAGCACCAAAGACCCAUGUUCAAGAGGAGUGUGGUGUUUGGCUGGACACUGUGCAGCUCAAAGGAAAUGCUAAAAAGGUAACCGAAGGAACAACCUUAACAUAUCUAAGUCAUCUUAAAAUUACAACACCCUUUCAUUCAUUUUUUUGUUGUUGAAACUUUUAUUCUGUUUUCCAGAAGCACACAAAAAAUCAAAUUACAAACUUUACAAACUUACAGAAUUACAAAAGUGGUCCAUUAACGAAAAGCGAAGCACAGCUCAUUAACAACAUGAAAAUAGGUCCAGUGAGAAAGACAUGUACAGGUCAUAUUCAGGUGACAUGUCAUUUUAAAGGUAUGUUCAGUUAGUUCAGCUCCACAGUGUAUGUAACUCCAAGAAGUUCUAGUGGUUUCUUCUUCUAGUGAUGGGCACAGCAGUUCUUUUAGAUGUACUGAAUCACUAGAAUCAGUUCACUCAAAAGAUUCGUUCAAAAGAUUCGUUCACCAAAUCACCGAAUCAUUUAGCAGGAAUCAUUUAGCACUUGAGAGAUUGAGCAUAAUCAUAUUUUCUUCUUCUUAUCCUUCAGAAACGACUCGCCCGUCCCAUUUCUAAACUGUUGAAUCCUUUUGCUGGAGGUGGAGGAUAUAACCUGGCUGUGGCUCUCAACUUUACACAAACCAAAAUGGAAAUGCCAAAGACCAAACAGAGCUCUAUUUCAACCUUCUUCACAGCUCAGCGCAGAGGUGGGUUUAAAAAGAGAAGCUGCUCAAAGGUUGUUAAGUUGAUAUUAUAAUUAUUAUUGUCUGGAGCUCUUUCGGGAUGCUGAUUGAUCUACAGAAGAUGGUUAACUUAACUGAUGCACUAAUGCAUUACAAAUUACAGACAAUCAAUAUCAAUCAUAUUGGAGAUCCUGAAAUUAGCCAUCCUAUAUAAUUACAGUUUUUUCCACUUGGUUCCUUAAUUGAUAUGUGGGAAAAAAAUAGUUUUAAAUAUUAUUUUCUGGCUUUAAUCACAGGGGAUUGUUGGCCGGGACAAACAAUAAUUUUAAUAUGACUUAAAAAAAACUAGAAAAGCUUUGAAAUGUAGGAUAUAUAAUUUUAAAAAAUACAAAUAUUUGGGAUUAAAAGUGUUUUUUUUAAGACUUAACAGUGUAAAUUCCCAUUAUUAUUAUAAAAUUGUAUUUCUCUUUGUUUGGUUCUUUCUGUUGUAAGUUUGUCUUUCUGUUAAGAUUAAUUUAGUUGGAGGGACACUUAAAUAUGAUGUUAACAUUUCUUUUUUUCAACUUCCCCAAAAGUUCUAAACAAGAUGUCUACGUCUGAUCCAGUGAUACCUCCAUCUUCACCCAACCCAUCCAUGUGCGUCUUGACUUCACAUACACCUGUGACAUCGGGAAAAAAACGAAGACUUGCGACAGAUCUCAACUCUGAGCCUGAGCUGGACCAUGAGUGGAAACAUCAAACUAUGACUGAGCCUGACAAAAAAGUGUGUCAGGAGCAAGGAUCAAGCUGUACUCCUCAUUCAAACAUGUACUGGGAUUUUGAAGAGCAGGCUGAAGAGAUAAACCCACCACAGAGUAAGAGGAGGCUCAUUUUAACAACCUCAUUGCCUGAAGAUAGCCAACCUCCUCCGCAGGCAUGGAGUCAGGACCCAUUGUUCACGUGUAGCCAGUACACUGAAGACAAAGCGGACCUUACUUACCAAGAAAACAGAGCCGAAGAGAAAUAUACAGACUCUGAGCCCAGUUUCCUCCACAAUCCUAUAAGUGAGGAGGCCUUUGGCGCUCUGAUGGAAGGCACAACAUCAACUCAAAAAGAUUUUAAACACUCAAAAUUUCUUCACAUUGAUGAUGAAAAAGAAAACUACAUUGUUUCAUCUUCAAGAUCCCCAAGUAAACACACAGCUUUCGCUCAUAUUCAGUCACUUUCAAAUCAUAGAAACAAAACAGAAACAAAAACGGCCUCUCCUCGCAGAAACAUCCCCUCAUGCCUGUGGGAAAAACCUGAAAAACCACAGAGCCCUAACUCAGAGUCAAAAUGGAAAAAACCAAGAGUUCCUCCUCUUAAAAAACAAGCAGCGCAGCAGUCUUUCAGAGCUGCUGAUGAGGACAGUCUGGCCAUGUUGUUCACCCAGGACUCUGAAGGUUUCAGGGUGAUAGCUCACAGAGGACUGCCAGUCAGGAGUCCGUUGAAAGACCAGAGUAACACAAGUUCUGGGGUUGUGAGAAGCAGCGAUUUUGAAUCUCUGGAGGAGGAGGAAGAUGAGAUGCUGCUGACUCAAGACUCACAGGGAAAUAUGGUGAUUAAACACUGAAAGGAGAUUUCAGAACUUACUAUGUAAAUAAUAUAUUUCUACUUUUAAAGAAUUUUCAUGAAGCAAAGCAGCUAUUUUCUGUAUAUUUAGUUUGUUUUCAUCUCAAUUCCUGUUUUUUCUUCGGCUUUUUCUUAUUCUCACCUUUUUUUUCUGUAUAUUUUUUCCAGACGUAAAUUUUCCUCUUUCCUUGGUCUAUAUGAUCACAAACUACCUCUUACAAUAACACCAAAAAGCACAGAAGGAAGGUUUUGAUUUUAUUUGAAAAAAUGAUACACAAUUACAUCAGUUCUUUUUUUUUGUAAAUUAAAAAUUUUGAAGUGUUUUAUUAGUGUA